AUGGGCAAGAAACGAGCACAAUCGCCACCCCGAUCAGCUGCCCCUCCAACCGAGGGCGAAGCUGGAUCUUCGUCCCAGCAGCCUGCAGAGCCUCCCAAAGAGCCUACACCUCCCGUUCAGGUCUUCUACUGUGCUAUUUGCUCGUUCCCUCUGGAAUACUGUGAAUUUGGUUCAAGCCUUACGCGAUGCAAAGAAUGGCUCAAAGAGGAGCACGAAGACCUAUACAACAAAUAUUACUCCGAGGAGGCUUUACAAGCAAAGAUCGGGACGCUCAGUCUGGAAGCACAAUCCAAGCUCGAGAAAGACACGGCGAAGAAAGAGGCGAAGGCUGAAGCAAAGGCAGACGCUGCGCUGAAAAAGAAGAUGGCUUCACAAGUGACGAUCAAGCGGAUCGAGCGCACGAAACGCAAGCACGUCACCGCCAUUCACGGUCUCGAGGCCUUUUCAAUUGAUCUCAAGAAGGCGGCGAAGCAGCUUGCAGGUCGCUUCGCUACGGGGGCAUCGGUGACAAAGAAUGCACAGGGUCUCGACGAAAUCGUCGUGCAAGGCGAUGUGUCCGAUGAAAUCAUGGAGAUACUCGAAAAAGGCGAAGGAGUGUUAAAGGGUGUACCCAUAGCCAACGUGGAGAUUGUCGAGGAUAAGAAAAAGAAAGCGGAUGCCUAG